AUGAUGAUGAUGAUGAAUUCGUCAGAAAAGUUGAAGAAGAAACCUCCGAAGGACAGUUUGACUCUGCUGCCAUGUUUCUAUUUUGUGGAGCUGCCCAUCGUGGCGUCCUCCAUGGUGUCUCUGUACUUCCUGGAGCUGACGGACGUGGUGCAGCCGGCCUCCGUCGGGUUCCGCUGCCACGACCGGGAGCUCCUCCUCCCGUACGUGGACGGAGGAGACGAGCUGAUCCCGCUGCUGAUGCUGCUGAGUCUCGCCUUCGCCGGACCCGCCGCCGCGAUCAUGGUGGUUGAAGGUGUCAUCUACUGCCUGCAGUCCAGGCUGAAGCUGCGCCGGGCGGAGGAGAGCAUCAACGCCGGAGGCUGCAACUUCAACUCCUUCCUGAGGAGGACGGUGCGCUUCGUAGGUGUGCAUGUGUUUGGUCUUUGUGCGACCGCUCUGGUCACUGAUGUCAUCCAGCUGUCGACAGGUUACCACGCCCCCUUCUUCCUCACCGUCUGUAAACCCAACUACACUCAGGCCGGAGUGUCAUGUGACAAGAACCCGUACGUCACCAAAGACAUCUGCUCCGGACACGACCAGCACGCCAUCAUGGCCGCCAGGAAGACGUUUCCUUCCCAGCAUGCAACUCUUUCUGCCUUUGCUGCUGUUUAUGUGUCAAUGUAUUUUAACUCGACCAUCUCCGACAGCACAAAGCUGCUCAAACCCGUCCUCGUCUUCGCCUUCGCCAUCAGCGCAGCGUUAGCAGGUCUGACGCAGAUCACGCAGCAUCGCAGUCAUCCCAUCGACGUCUACGUCGGCUUCCUCAUCGGAGCCUUUGUCGCCACCUACUUGGCCGUCCACGCUGUGGCUAACUUCAAGUCGUCUGAUGACAACACUCCACCCCUGCCCCCCCAACCUCCAAAGGAAGACCCUCUUCGAGCGCUGACAGAGCGAGGACACGAGUCCGUCUAUAACAAGGGACCCGCCUCCGCCUCGGAAAGUAACGAUGAAAUUGCGGCCGGCCCACCCCCCAUAGACCGGCUGGAGGGCCUGGGGCCCCUGCAGGGAGAGGAGGCCUCCAUGGGGAGCCUGAAGAGGGCCAGCGUGGACGUGGAGCUGCUGGCUCCUCGGAGCCCGAUGGGGAAAGAGAACAUGUUGACCUUCAGUCACACGCUGCCGAGGGCCAGCAUGAGCCUCAACGGGGUCUUGGGUGCCAACGAGAGACCAGAGGACCCGGUUCAGCCGGUUCAACCAGUGCAGCCGGUGCAGCGGCGUCUGAAGGCCGUGCAGGUUCCCAUGGAUCCAAUGCGUUCGCAGCAGCUGGUGUCGGAGUGGAAGCAGAAGUCGAUGGAGAUGAGAGGCCUGAGCGUUCGGGACGAGGCGGAGCGCGAGGCCGGGGAGGACGGCUCGGAUGUGGGCUUUGAAGGGACUGACGAUGGGGGGUCUCGGGUUCCUAUCUACCAAUCCGUGGUGCAGUCAGGGAGGUCAGCUUCCAGUCAAAACCCUACUCCACCUCAAGGGGGCGCCAAAGCUGUGGCAACUCCCAGACCACCACAGAUUCCUGAAGCAGGACCCCCACCUGUGUCGCCAAAGAGCGCCCUGACCCGCGCCAAGUGGCUCGCUAUCCGGGAGAAGACGAGUGGGGAGGGGCCGGCCCGUGCUGCUACGAACCAGCCACGACUCAUGCAGGUCAUCGCCAUGUCCAAGCAGCAGGGACUCCUCCCCUCCUCCGGGGAGAAGUCCUCUGAGACCACCUCCACCUGCUCCGGUGCCUCCUCCACAACCAACUCACCGCACUACCGCCCCGCCUGUGAGCAGCAGCGGGAGGGGUCGGGUAUCGUCACAGUGGAUGCCCAUGCCCCCCACCAUCCUGUUGUCCAGGCCCUGCCCCCUCUUCAGGCCCCAGCCCUCACAGGUAAUGGUAACCCGUGGGAGUUGGCGGGGGCAGCCAAUGGGGGCGACUCGCGGGAAACCUACGACCUUAACAGCCUGAACCGAGGAGACUCGGUCGCACACAACAGCAGCUUCCGGCCACGCCGAUCCACCUCGAGGUGCGCCACCCUCAGCCCCCCCCUGCCCCCCUCUCACUCCCAGGAGGACAUGUCGGUGGAGGCAAAGAUCGACAUGAGACGCAAGACGGCUCUAGUCCUGCUGGAUCGAGAGAUUCGUAACCAGAGUGACCAGGAAAACUAUUAUAAGAGUUUGCAGGGACGGAGGUUCAAGGAUUAG